AGCCGAGCCCAGUUAACGUCCUGAGGCAGGGAAAUCUAAGUAGCGGUUGCUGGUUUGCUUGUAAUACCGUUAGGGGUGCGUAUUUGCUUUCUGCAGUGAGCGGUGCUGGGCGGGCUGUGAGCUGCUCUUGCCCCUCCCACCUCGCCUCCCGCUACAAUAUGUUCAAGAGGAUGGCUGAAUUCGGCCCCGACUCUGGAGGGAGAGUAAAGGGAGUAACAAUCGUGAAACCCAUUGUUUAUGGAAAUGUGGCACGGUAUUUUGGGAAGAAGAGGGAAGAAGACGGGCAUACUCAUCAGUGGACCGUUUAUGUGAAGCCGUAUCGCAAUGAGGACAUGUCUGCUUAUGUGAAAAAGAUCCAGUUUAAGUUGCAUGAAAGUUAUGGAAAUCCAUUAAGGGUUGUUACCAAGCCCCCUUAUGAAAUUACUGAGACAGGUUGGGGUGAAUUUGAGAUCAUCAUAAAAAUAUUUUUUAUUGAUCCAAAUGAGCGACCAGUUACACUGUACCAUUUGCUGAAGCUUUUUCAAUCAGAUGCAAAUGCAAUGUUAGGAAAGAAGACGGUGGUGUCAGAGUUCUAUGAUGAAAUGAUUUUCCAGGAUCCUACAGCUAUGAUGCAGCAACUCCUUACAACAUCUCGUCAGUUAACUCUUGGAGCUUAUAAACAUGAAACAGAAUUCACAGAACUGGAAACAAAAACAAAAGAGAAAGUAGAAGCUGCCAAAAAGAAGACAAGUUUUGAAAUUUCUGAUCUGAAAGAGAGAUUAAAAGCAAGCCGAGAAACCAUUAAUUGUUUGAAGAAUGAAAUCAAGAAACUUGAAGAAGACGAUCAGUCUAAAGAUAUUUGACUCAAAGGGGUUUUGUGGAGAAUGAGGACUCUCGUACAGGGUUAUAAACUAAUCUUUUUCAGAAUGUGAUCACUUUUUUUUUUAGGCUGCUGUUUCUUACUUACAUGUAAAUACAUUUUUAUAUACAUAUUG